AUGAAUACUAAAAAUUAGAGAAUCCCAAAAUUUGUGACCAAAUUGAUUGAAAUAUUAGAUGUAAUCCAAUUAAAUUAUAUUAUAUAGAAUUAAUCUUAUUAAGAAAUUAUUAGUUUUGAUUAAAAAGGUGAUGGUAUUAUAAUCCAUGAAUAAGAACUAUUUGAAAAUUAGAUACUCUUAAACUAUUUUAAGCAUAAUCAUAUUGACUCAUUUACUCGCCAAAUGAAUAACUAUGGUUUUAAACGUGUGAAGAAUCAUUAGGGGAAGUAUGAAUUUAAAAAUCCAUACUUCUAGAAAAAUAAUAAGUAUUCCUUUUAUUAAUAUCGCGCUUAGAAAUUUAAUUCACUUAGUCAUCAAAAAGAAACAAGAAAAAAUAAAAAUAAUAUCACAAUUCUUAGCAUUAAAAUCAGAAUUAAACUCGUUUUCAAAAGAAUUAGACUAAUUUAAUUUUUUCGCCUCUUCUGUAUUUCAUUAAAUUAUUUAAGUAUUAAUAAAGCUAAUCUAUUUUAACAGAAUCUUAAAAUAAAGCUAAAUUAGAAAUGAUUUCUAUUUCAUAAAAGAACCUUGAAUUGGAACAAAUGUUAAACGCUUUAAUUAAUGAAAAAAAAUUGUAUUGA